CCCAGGCCCGCCCCGCCAAGCCCCGCCCCUCCGCCCGCUUGGCGCGGGCGCAACCACGGAACCGCUGUCCCCGGGCCAGCCUGGGGCUGCCCGCCCGAAACCACCCGAUAAGGAAAGCUAAAAGUAGAUUUUGUUCUGUGGGAAGAAGAAAAAGUUCUGGAAAAUGGGAUGGUGAAGUUGGAGAAAGGCUCCUUUAACCCUCCUCCAGGAUGAACCCCCUGCAAGAAGACAUGGAGAACGUUCUCACAGGGAGCCAGAGCUCUCACGCUUCUUUGCGCGAUGUUCAUUCCAUCAACCCCACACACCUCAUGGCCAGGAUCGAGUCUUAUGAAGGAAGGGAAAAGAAAGGGAUAUCUGAUGUCAGGAGGACUUUCUGUUUGUUUGUCACCUUUGACCUCUUAUUUGUAACAUUACUCUGGAUAAUAGAGUUAAAUGUGAAUGGAGGCAUUGAGAACACAUUAGAGAAGGAGGUGGUGCAGUAUGACUACUACUCCUCUUAUUUUGAUAUAUUUCUCUUGGCAGUUUUUCGAUUUAAAGUGUUAAUACUUGCAUAUGCUGUAUGCAGACUGCGCCACUGGUGGGCCAUAGCGUUGACAACAGCAGUGACCAGUGCCUUUUUACUCGCAAAAGUGAUCCUCUCAAAGCUUUUCUCCCAAGGGGCUUUCGGCUACGUGCUGCCCAUCAUUUCAUUUCUCCUUGCCUGGAUUGAGACGUGGUUCCUGGAUUUCAAAGUCUUACCUCAAGAGGCAGAAGAGGAAAACAGACUCCUGAUAGUUCAGGAUGCUUCAGAGAGAGCAGCGCUUAUACCUGGUGGUCUUUCCGAUGGUCAGUUUUAUUCUCCUCCUGAAUCUGAAGCAGGAUCUGAGGAAGAAGCUGAAGAAAAACAGGACAGCGAAAAACCACUUUUGGAACUAUGAGUACUACUUUUGUUAAAUGUGAAAAUUCAUCACUGAAAGUCACUGGAGGAAAAAAAAAAAGGACCAGAGCUGGGGUCUUGCUAUCGAAAGUUGAAGGUGACAUCCACUGCUGACUUUAAUGAACAGUUAAUAAAGAAUUUAUUUAUUGUAAUACCUCAUAGACAUUGUACCAGAUCACAUACAUUUAGGACCUGCCUGUGGCUGGUAAGAUAAUGUGAUGAUCCAUCCCGUGUUCAGUGAGACUGAGUCUGAUCUGUUCAUGAAUAGUGGGAGCAAAGUCUUGUGCUAUAUUCCUGAUCAAAAGACUUCUGAAUAUAUUGGAAUAACACUUUUUUAGUAAGCAAAAUAUCUUUUUAUUUGAUCCACAGUUUGAAAUUUUUUGUUUCAUGUCUCAGAUUUCUUUUGUAUUUCUUUUUUAACAUCCAACAUUUCCCUUGUGUUUUUUAACUCACGCUUAUACGCUCUUUGUACAGUUUUAAAAAGUAAUAAAUAUCAAUAUAUCAAAAUGGUUCAUUUUAUUUUUCUUGUUUUUCAUUAUGUAUUUGGCUUGUAGUAUUGGAAUUACCAGAGGGGGCCAGGAGGGAAUGUGAGUACAUAUAUAGGGUAACCAGACAUUUUUAUAUUGUUUUCAUUAUGAAAUAGCAUCUUUCUUAUCAAAAAAGUGUGAGACUCUUAUUUUGAAUCCACAGUCUGAAAUCAUUGCCAUCAUUUUCCUUGUGUGACUAAUUUGAAUUAAAAUAAACUAAAUUAUAUUGUGAA